AUGGGCCUUGCCGUUCGGCAAGGUACAAGGGAUUUGGGAGGGAAGGAAUUUGGGGUUACGAAGGCUUUACACUUGGAGAAUUUUGAGAGAAAUUUCCAGAAAGUGAGAAGGAGAAAAGAGAUUUCCGGCGAGAUUUUGGUGGUGGUGCUUGUGGCCAAAAUGUUUGAAAGUUUUGAUAAAGAAAGUCAUGACCCCUCUGCCUUUGGUGGGGAUGAUACUGAGAGUGAAGAGCCCAGGGAGAGUUCCCAGACAGAGGGUCUGGUAGAAGGUAUCAUAGAAAGUUGGAUGGUAGUUCAUGAUGGUGAGAUAGGUGAGCCAUCAAUAGAUUCUCGGGAUGCUGAGUACAAAGAGAUGCAGAGGAAUUACAAAGUGUUAGAGGCUAUGGCUGAUCAGGUUCUAGCCUUGCCUCAUACACCAGAGGUGGGCUCGAGCAAUCAGGCAUCACCAUCAGGGUCUGUGGGUAUAGCCAUGGCUUCAGCUUCAGAGGGGGUGGACAUAGGAAGUAAUGUUCCAGCUUAUGUGGGCUUGAGGUUACCCACUGCGGCUGAUGUGGUCAGAUACCCUCCAGAGGGUUCAGUGAUGAUUUUUAUGGAUAUGUAUCAACAUGGCUUCAGACUACCGUUGCAUCCUUGGGUGCAGAUGAUAUUGGCCAAGCUGGGGUAUGCGCCAGGGCAGUAUAAUCCUAACUUUUGGCUUCUUCUACAUGGGGUUUACAUUGCUUGGUGGUUGGCUGGGUUGGGGGAGCCGACAUUUGAGUAG